ACUCGGCCUUGGUUAUGAACCAACAGUGGGUAAGGCGCGAGCUUCUUAGGCGUGUUCAGCAUGCGCAGAGCAUGCGCAGAGCUGCGGUUUGCUAUCGCAAACAAUGAGCUCCUUCCGUUGGUUCGGACUCUGAAUCCGAGCUUCCAAAUGAAAGACGCUGAGCUCACGCAGUUGCGUGAUAGGGCCCUGUUGGCAGUGCCUGGGACUAGGCAUGCUGAUUUUGAACUGGAUUUGAGGCGGUCCCAGACUCGUGAGUUAUUAAUGCUCCGUGAAUUGUUUUGCGGCGUUCAUGAAAACCAUAUAGUACCUGUUGGUGAGACCCGAAUAGUUGCUCUUUUGCGUGAUCAGAUCCGAUCAUUGUCUGUUUACAAUGCUGACUUGGAAAGUAGAAUGACAAAGUUCACUGUUGCGCUGACUUUGCGCAUUGACAGACGCUCUGUCCGGGUGGCAAAGCCAUUGGCCUACUGUCCCCUGGAUAUGCUCCUCCGUCAUGCUGCAGCUGAUGGGUGGGUCAUGGGCAUGUGUGUGGGGGAUAAGCCGAAGGUGAUACAAAGUGCCAUGAAACUCGGGAUUGAUAUGUUAGCGCUGGAUCCCGACUCUCCUGCUUCGGUUCCUGACUGCUCUGAGAGCCGUCUUGAGCCCGCUUCCUACGAUGAAGUCGAGGAUGAGAUCAGGCAUGGAAUGCAUUUCCGAGUUGCGCGUUGGAGAGUUUACCGUCAAUAUGUAGUUCAUCGAGAAUUCAAGCUUACGAAGUUGCUGAGCUGUGGGUUACAGGAGGGAGAUUGGGGAGUUAAACGGGUGCAUGACGAGAUCGAGGAAGGUCAAUUGAGAUGCCAACGAUGUGAAGACAAGGUCAAUCAAAUGCGAGCAAUAAUUGUUUCUGGCGAUAUUAAUGAGGAUGCUGAUCACCAAAGUGAAGUAGAAAUACUCAGGGAUGACGACAACGGCACACCUUCCAUUGCGGAGGAGGACACCGUGAUAGACUACGAUGUUAGUGAUAUCGAGAAGGAGGAGGAUUUUGACCACAAACCUUCCACAACAGGAGGAUAUCAACAUUUCAGUUCCCUUGGUUCACAUCGGUCAUGGGACCCUUUCUCCAUCUGCGACAACGUUGAGCACAAUGAGAAGGUCUACCGUGAAUAUGUAGUUGAUCGAGAAUCCAAGCUUGCGAAGUUGCUGAGCCUUGGGUUCCAGAAGGGAGAUCGGGGAGUUCAACGGGUGCAUGUCGAGAUCGAGGAAGGUCAGUUGACACGUCAACGACGUGAAGAAAAGGUCAAUCAAAUGCGAGCAAUAAUUGCUUGUGGGGAUAUUGAUGAGGAUGCUGGUUGCCAAAGUGAAGAAGAAAUACCUAGGGAUGACAACAACGACACACCUUCCAUUGCGAAGGAGGACAUCGUGAUAGACUACGAUGUUAGCGAUAUCGAGAAGGAGGAGGACUUUGACCACAAGCCUUUCACGGUCUACCGUCAAUAUGUAGUUGAUCGAGAAUCCAARCUUGCGAAGCUGCUGAGCCGUGGGUUCAAGGAGGGAGAUCGGGGAGUUAAACGGGUGCAUGACCAGAUCGAGGAAGGUCAGUUGAAACGUCAACGAUGUGAAGACAAGGUCAAUCAAAUGCGAGCAAUAUUUGCUUAUGGGGAUAUUGAUGAGGAUGCUGAUCACCAAAGUGAAGAAGAAAUACUCAGGGAUGACGACAAGAUUACACCUUCCGUUGCGGAGGAGGACAUCGUGACAGACUACGAUGUUAGUGAUAUCGAGAAUCACCAAAGUGAAGAAGAAGUACUCACGGAUGACGACAACAACACACCUUUCAUGGCGGAGGAGGACAUCGUGACAGACUACGAUGUGAGUGAUAUCAAGAAGGAGGAGGACUUUGACCAUAAGCCUUCCACGGGCUUCGACCAUUCGGAUUUGCAGUCAACUGUUCGUCAGUUACAGUGGGUUGGUGAGACCUUACUUUAUCUCUUGGUCCAGGUUGAGGUUCAAGCGACACUAAGGUUCGUUGUCACUGAGUCUCAGGCUUUGUCUACCGUAGACGGCGUCGAGGUGCUGUACGGUGGGUUGGUCGAUCAAAUGCGAGCAAUAAUUGCUUCUAGGGAUAUUGAUGAGGAUGCUGAUUAUCAAAGUGAAGAAGAAAUACUCAGGGAUGGCGACAACAACACACCUUCCAUUUUUGAGGAGGACAUCGUGACAAACUACGAUGCUAGUGAUAUCGAGGAUCUCCAAAGUGAAGAAGAAAUACUAAGGGAUGACGACAACAACACGCCUUCCAUUGCGGAGAAGGACAUCGUGACAGACGACGAUUUUAGUGAUAUCGAGAAGGAGGAGGACUUUGACCACAAACCUUCCGCGGAUGCUGAUCACCAAAGUGAAGAAGAAAUACUCAGGGAUAACGAUAACGACACACCUUCCAUUGUGAAGGAGGACAUCGUGACAAACUACGAUGUUAGUGAUAUCGAGAAGGAGGAGGACUUUGACCAAACGCGUUCCGCAGAGGGAGAUCGGGGAGUUAAACGGGUGAAUGACCGGAUCGAGAAAGGUCAAUUGAAACGUCAACGAUGUGAAGACAAGGUCAAUCAAAUGCGAGCAAUAAUUUCUUCUGGGGAUAUUGAUGAGGAUGUUGAUCACCAAAGUGAAGAAGAAAUACUCAGGGAUAACGAUAACAACACACCUUCCAUUGUGGAGGAGGACAUCGUGAUAGACUACGAUGUUAGUGAUAUUGAGAAGGAGGACGACUUUGACCACGAGCCUUCCUAUGAUGACAACAGGGACACGAACUCCUACACAACCAAUUCCAGCAAUGACAACGCUUAGCCAACUCGUCGUGACACGAUGAGUAUACUCCUGCCCUGACUAACAAUUCAUAUGCUCAAUUGAUAUUUGCGUUGUCUUUGAUUCGAACAAGUGUGUCAAUUGCAUGCUAUGGCAGGUAUGCUUCUCCAACGGAUUCACUGGUAUCCGUGCUCAAACAAACGUGGCCUUCGGGU